AUGGGGAUUCAAUUCGCAUUCGUUUGUCCGUCGCUCAAGAGCAAUGCAUACAAUAAAUAUGGUACGCAGGAUGCGGUGGUUUUCAAGUUCACAAACUUCGCCUGCGAGAGCUACAACAAGUCCUGGAUCGUGUUCCACAACUAUCGUCUGAAGGCCGUGAGCCGGGACAAGGUGCUCCUCAAUUUGAACGCGACUCUACUAAAUCCGGCGCAUGGUGUAACAAUACGUGGAAGGGUCUUGAAGAGAGCGAAUGGCUAUAAGCCUUGGCUCUUCGACGUGACCUUUGAUGCCUGUCGAUUCAUGCGCAAGCAAUACAUUCCGAUUGUUUCACUAGUCUACGGGCUCUUCAAACAGUUCACCAACAUUAAUCACACAUGUCCUUACGUGGGCCCAGCGAUUGUCAAGGAUUUUUAUCUGAAUCCCGAACUGUUGCGCCUGCCCUUCCCAACGGGAGACUACUUGCUGGCGAUUCGAUGGUUCUUUGAAAAAAAGCUCGUAUCAGAUACGAAUGUGAGUUUCGUGUUCGUGGAGGAUCUCCUGAAUAGCUAAUUUGAACAAUUAUUGUACAGAUGUGUCACGUAUAUUUAAUCGAUUAAUGUACACCCAAAUAUUGGAUUGUUUUUCUCUGCCUUUUAUUGGCUGCGAUGCCAAUUAUUUCCUAUAAUUGAGAUCCUA